UAAAAGGGAAAAAUUGAUAUUUAAGUCGAUUUCAUACUCUUUGACCUUCUUCUUGUUAUUCUAGGGUUUAACUCUGUCACUCAUACUCGUCGACCCUCCUUUUGUUAUUCUAGGGUUUAAAACUGGAUUUUAUACUGUACGACCUCCUCUUCGUAAUUGACUAACAGUCAUGGGUAGGGUUCAAGUAAAUAAAGCUCACAAGUGUCGCUUCUCCUCUAAAUCCACUCGCAAUCUUCACAAAACUUCUCUUAAAGAUAAGAACCGAAUUGCAAAAUCGGAGCAUAAUGUUGCCAAGGGAGCACGAGCUGUUCGUAUUCAACGUAACAAGAUGUUGCGGGAGCAAAAAAAAGCUGCCAUUUUAAAAGAGAAAAGAGCUUCCUCUGGAUCAUCUAGCCCUCCUCGAGUAAUUGUUCUUUUUGGCCUCUCUGCCUCGGUAAAUAUCGAUUCACUUGCUCAAGAUAUUUUGCAAUUACUGUCUCCUGCAGCUUUAUCUUCAACAGUUGCUUCCUCCGAGUAUAAAAUCAGAGCUACCGUACUGAAAGCACCUCAUGGGGAUUUAUCGGCGUGCAUGGAAAUGGCAAAGGUUGCCGAUCUGAUGGCUUUUGUGACGUCAGCAGAUGAACAAAAUGCUUCUGAAUCUAUUGAUUCAUUUGGAAGUCAAUGCUUGUCUGUGUUUAGGUCGAUUGGUUUGCCGAGCACCAUUGUUUUUAUUCGUGAUCUGCCUAUUGACCUGAAACAAAAAAAUGAAGUAAAGAAACGGUGUGUAUCUAGCCUUGCUACUGAAUUUCCGGAAGAUUGUAAAUUCUAUUCAGCAGAUACAAAAGAUGACUUGCACAAGUUCUUGUGUAUUUUCAGGGAACAAAGGCUAACAUUGCCUCAUUGGAGAAAUCAACGGCCCUAUCUUAUGUCUGAAAAGAUUACUAUGGUAGCAGAUGACUGCAAUUCAGGAAAAUGUACACUUCUCCUCACUGGCUAUCUGCAUGGUCUCAGCCUAUCUGUGAAUCAGCUGGUUCAUCUUUCUGGGGCAGGAGAUUUUCAGUUGCAAAAAAUAGAAAUUCUGAAAGAUCGGUGUCCUUUGAAUCCAAGAAAAGAAGCGGAUGCAAUGGACUCAGAUGAUUUGGUUGAUGCAGAGGUGGUUCGUUCGAUAGAUCCUGAUCCUUUGACACAAGAGCCCUUGCUUGUUGAGAAUAUUCCAGAUCCACUUGCAGGGGAACAGACGUGGCCAACAGAAGCAGAGAUGGCAGAGGCUAAUGAAAAUCAGAAAGAAAAAAAGCUAAAGAAGAGAACCCUGCCUCGAGGUACUUCAGAGUACCAGGCUGCUUGGAUUGUGGAUGAUUCAGAUGGAGAGGGUUCGGAUAGUGGUAGUGAUGAUGAAGAACGUAUGGCACUGGACGAAGCAGAUAGUCCAGGGUUAGAGGCUGUCCAUGCCUCAGAAUUUGAUGAUGAUCAAGCCUCUCUAGAUCUAAGGAACUUCGAUGAAGAAACUGAAAUUGAUUCAGUGAUGAUGGAAGGUGAUAACUUAACAAGGGAACAGAUAGAGGACGAUAUUAGGCGAAUUAAAGAGCAGCAUGCUGAAGAUGAGGAAUUUCCCGAUGAAGUGGAAACCCCAUUGGAUAUUCCUGCUAGAAAGCGUUUUGCCAAGUAUAGAGGUCUCAAGUCCCUCAGGACUUCUUCAUGGGACCCCAAGGAGUCUCUACCUCCAGAAUAUGCCAGAAUUUUUGCAUUUGAUAAUUUUGCAAGAACACAGAAACAUGUUUGUGCAAAGGCCUUAGAAUACCAACACAACAUGGAUAGCUGCGUACCGGUGGGCCAUUAUGUAAGGCUUCACAUCAAGGAGAUACCCUCUGUUGUUGCUUCCAAAUUGUGUAUACUGGCAAACACAAUGCCCAUUAUUGCAUGUGGCCUUUUGCAACACGAGUCUAAACUAUCUGUUCUUCAUUUUAGCAUUAAGAAACACAAUACAUAUGAUGCUCCUAUCAAGUCAAAGGAAGAACUAGUAUUUCAUGUUGGUUUUCGGCAGUUUGUUGCCAGGCCAUUAUUUUCCUCCGACAACAUUCAUUCAGACAAGCACCAGAUGGAGAGGUUCCUUCAUGCAGGACGGUUUUCCAUUGCAUCAGUUUAUGCUCCAAUUUCUUUUCUUUCUCUUCCUUUAGUAGUUCUGAAGCGUGCAGAAGGAGACCCUGUCCCCAGGGUUGCUGCUGUUGGAUCUUUAAGAAGCAUUGACCCAGACAGGAUAAUAUUGAAGAAGAUUAUAUUAACUGGUUACCCUCAACGAGUAUCAAAAUUAAAAGCCUCAGUGCGGUAUAUGUUCCAUACCCCAGAGGACGUUAGGUGGUUUAAGCCUGUGGAAGUGUGGACUAAAUGUGGUCGUCGGGGUCGCAUUAGGGAGCCUGUUGGUACACAUGGGGCAAUGAAGUGCAUCUUCAAUGGCAUUCUUCAGCAGAAUGAUACUGUUUGCAUGAGCCUGUUCAAACGGGCAUAUCCCAAGUUGCCAGAACACCGGUUCCCAAUUCUUGAUGCAUGACCGGUCAGGUAGCUGAUCCUGCAUCUUUUUAGUUCUAAAAACACAGAAGAUAGCGGUGGUGGUUGUCUGCGGGAAUGAAGCUUUGGUUCAGAUUGUCAAGUCCAAUUUUGUGGUUCAGUAGGAUGUUAGAAGCAUUAGAGUCCCCUGGAUUCAUUGCACCUUUCAUGUUGUAUUUCUGCGGUUGGCAGGUUAUUAUGAGCAUUUUCGGCUUGCUGGCUUCUUUAUCCAUUAAUUUAUGCUUGUGAUCACAAGCAAUUAUUUUUUUAGUUCAA